CUCUCUGGGAGCUGCUGGGUGGUUUCACUUUCAUCUGCCCCUUGCACAGAGAGGCUCAGUCAACUGAACGGGGCUGUCGACCUGACAACACAAGCCGAAGCACCUGGAGGAGAGCAAGGCUUCAGGAAGGACGUGGCACAGAAGGCAAUGCCAAGCAUCUCCCCAAAGGAGAUUCAUCCCACCUAUGUCUACAAGGUGGUUCUGCUGGGGAGCACAUCAGUGGGAAAGUCAAGCCUGGCCUAUCGAUAUGUGAAGAAUGACUUCCGGGAGUCACUGCCAACUGUGGGAUGCUCCUUCUUCACACAGAAGCUUGACCUGGAGGCAGCCACUGUCAAUUUUGAGAUCUGGGACACAGCAGGCCAGGAGAAGUACCAGAGUGUCUGCCACCUCUACUACAGGGGUGCCCAUGCUGCUCUCCUCAUCUAUGACAUUGCUAACAAGGAAACACUCAACAGAGCAAAGCUUUGGCUGAGGGAGCUGGAGAAGGAGUUCCUUCCUGAUGAAAUAGUCAUUGCUUUGGUGGGCAACAAGGUGGACCUUGGUGCUGAGCGAGAAGUCACCACAGAGGAGGGGGAAGAGUUUGCAAGGACCAAAGGCCUGUUGUUCGUGGAGACAUCUGCAAAAUCCAACCACCAAGUAAAUGAGAUCUUCAUGGCUGUAGCCCUAGAGCUCCUGAAACGGGAACAGGAGAAGGCAUCCACCCUAUCCAGGAGGUCAACAGUGGAUCUGGGGGAAAGUGGGACAAGGACACGAUGCUGCCAACUUUGAGGAUGGGCAGCUCUGGACCUCAGCAGUGGUUGAAUGAGGUCUCCAAGAGGAGUAAUUACAAAACAGGGGGGACACAGAAGCACAGAGGCAGCUCAGCCUGACCACUCUCCCCAACAGAGCAAGGUCAGAGCUUGUUCUGGGGACACAGGGCCUCAUGAACCCUCCAGAACUGGCUUUGUCCAAGAGGUAAAGCAUGGGAGUUUCUUCCACCAGCUUUCCACUUCCAGAAAGGAGCAU